AUGGAUUUGAUCAAUAGACAAAAUGGGGUGGUCAUUUGUUGCAAGCACCGAACCUGCAGGGAGAAAAUUUUUUGGCAGGAGAGGGGCACAGAGAAAUGGUUAUUUGGACUUGAUGAUAUAAAGGAAGCUGCUGAAAUCAUCAUUGUUGAAGGUGAAAUGGAUAAGCUUGCGAUGGAGGAAGCUGGCUUCCUAAAUUGUGUAAGUGUUCCUUGUGGAGCACCAGAAAAGGCUUCUGCCAGAGAAUUACCACCACGGGAAAAGGACAGGGGAUAUCAGUAUAUAUGGAACUGCAAAGAGCACUUGGAUAAGGUUUCUCGCAUUAUCCUGGCAACUGAUGGUGAUGUACCUGGCCAAGCCUUGGCUGAAGAGCUAGCACGCCGUCUUGGAAAAGAGAGAUGCUGGCGUGUCCAAUGGCCAAAGAAAGAUGAGCUCUGUUGCUUCAAUGAUGCAAAUGAGGUUCUCAAGUUUUUGGGUGGAGAUGCUCUGAAGGAAGUAAUUGAAAAAGCGGAGUUGUAUCAGCUACAAGUUCCAGACCGAGCAAUGCUGUUUAUGAACUUUUUCUUGAAUCAAUAG